CACUCAGCUGUUAGAACUGACCAGGAGUGCAGAUUCAUGAUUUGCUUACUUGACUGGUGGAACAAGGAAGCUUUCAGAGCAACAUAAUGUCUCCCGGUGAAAUGAAAACCAUGAAACCUGCUCAAAGAGCUAUUCGGAAGAUUAAAACAGCAAGUUUGGUUUCCAGCUUAGCUAGAGGUUGGCAACAGUGGGCAGCAGAAAAUUCAACCAAGCAAGCACAGGAGCCUUCAGGUUGGGUACCAAACACAGAUGGAGAAGUUAAGGAGGACCCCCAAUCAUCAGUGGAGGCUAAGAUAAAACCUCAAAUUGUGUUAGAACAAAGAAAAGACAUCACGUGUUCCCCAGAGGAUGUUCUAGAAACACAAAUAAAAACUAAAUCAGUGGUGAAAAGUUUUGCAAGCAAAGCCCAAGAGAGAGGGAUGGACAUUGGGUCGAUGACUGAAAAGUAUGAGAAAGACCCUAGCACACAGAUACAGAGUAAAUAUGAUGAGUUAAUGGUUGAAAAACUACUGCAUGGCCACCGUUCUCCAACUAGGAGAAGGAAAUGCUCAAAUCUGGUCUCACAACUCACCAAAGGAUGGAAACAGAUGGAGCAAGGUGGUGAAGAACCAGAAGGGGGUUUGAGAACUGUACCAAAACUCUCAGAGUGUCGCAGUGAGAGCCUGGAGACAGAAGACAGUGGAUAUGGAGAAAGUGAAGAAGUCAAACCAGAACUGGACAGAAAGUCCGUCUUCACAGAGCAGAACAAGGAGGACACAGCAAGGAUUAAGCGAUCUUCGCAAAGCAAAAAGGCUGCAGAAGAACUCAACAUCAUUAAAAAAGCGUACAAAAAAUACAGCCAAGUGAGCAGCGUCAAAGGGAAGUGGGAAAACUGGUCGGGCGAGCACGUACUCAGCCAGAAGCUAAAUCCCUUCAGCGAUGAAUUUGACUAUGAGUUUGCAAUGUCUAGGCGACUGCAGAAGGGUGAGAAGGGAUACGGGCACCCAAAGGAAGGAACGAAGACUGCCGAGAGAGCCAUGAGAGCAGAGGCACACAUACACCGGGAGAUGAAAGACUUAUGCUUCAUCAUUGGGACCAUGUCUAAGCCGGGGAAAGACGGAAAGGUCCGUGUCACCUUCGGAGAGCUCUUCGAUAGGUAUGUGCGGAUCUCAGAUAAGGUGGUCGGUAUCUUGCUGAGGGCCAGAAAACACGGCAUGGUGGACUUCACAGGAGAAAUGCUGUGGCAGGGCAGAGAUGACCAUGUUAUAAUAACGUUAUUAGAAUAAGUCAAGAAAAAAUAUCGCUCUUAUGCUUAGGAAGUACGUGUACACCAAAGUUACAUAGUUUAAGGUACGAGCAGUGGAAAUGCUCUAUAAACGAAGUGUUAUCGUUUCUGUGUCCUCUCUGACACCACUAGUCAUCAUCAUUAACACUAUAUCUCAAUGGUGACCAUUUUUGGACAUACCACUUCCAUACCAGUGACAAUGCCGCUAUACAUCGUUGCUGUUCUCACCACGUCUGAGCGCCACUUGCGUCAUCUCUGCUGCAUUCCUCUCUUCCUCGAUCAAGCUUACUCCAGCUAGAGUUGGCGCCACCCAAACCUUUCCUCGGCUCUAUGGGAAGUAUCAGCUGUGUACGGGGCUGCCAGCUUUUUUCCCCAGCAAUAUAUCUUGAUAUACUUAAUAUUUAUUUUAACAGCAUUAUUAACAUAUAGUAAUUAAUAUACUACAGUUUUCAGAACCACUAAUCAUGUAUUAUGAUAUAUGCAGCUGGUACAUUAUCCCAAAUCUCCUACCUGCUCAUGUUCAUUUUAUGCCUUAAUAUGACCUUAGGUCUAUCCUAUGCAUUUUUUAAAUAGUUUUAGCACCUUCUUUAAAGUAGCUCCAAUAUGAAAUAGUCACUUUUCCUUGGAUGACCUUGGCAAACGUGAUGUUAAACAUAAAUGAAUGUAGUCGGUACUAGUUAUAGUUUAGCUCUGUGGUUCCCAAACUCGGUCCUCAAACAAUGGAUUCUUCUAUUGUGCGUAGGGGAGUGGUAAAUUAGUAAACUCUUUGUUAAUCAAUUCAAUUAUAAUUGCUUUAACAAUAAUGGUAAGGAUCACCUAAUGGGCGGUAUUCAAUUGUUUGAAAAGUCAGUUGGGUGUCUGUUUUUUCCUAACAACUGAAUUCCACCCAAUGAAUGCAUUUUAAAAAAAAAAUUAACAUCUUUAUAAACAGUGAUUAACAAUUAGCGGUUGGUAAGCCUUGGAGAGAAAGAAAGUGGAUGGAGAUAAAAGUACCAGCUAAUCAGCUCCUAACUGUCAUGUUACAGGCUGUGUUUGAAAAAUGACAGGAGCUGGUUGGUUGGUUGGUACGUUAUCUCUUUUUAAGAUUUAGCACAUCGAACCCUAAUUGUUAUUAAAAAAAUAUUUUAAUAAAAAACAAAACUAGGAUUAAUGGAAUCCUGCUGUAUCCUUGUCAUAGGGCAUCGUUAUCUUGAAGAUGAUAAUUGAAGAGAUUGUCUAAACAGAUUUUAACUUAUAAAUAUUAUGUUUCAGUUUAAAUCUUCCAUGUUCAGCACUGUAGACAUUGCAGUUCUAUGAAUUAUUUGUAUUAUUUAUUAAUUUAUGCGAAACUUUAUUUUAUAUAUAUAUAUAUGAAAAUCUAUAAAUUGUUUACAUCA